GCCGUUCCCGGCGGGAUGAGGCUGCCGGUGGCCCUGUGGCUGCCGCUGGCCCUGGCGGUGGCCGCGGCGGCCGCGGGGCAGUCCCCGCUCCAGCGGCGCGUGGUGCGGGACGUGCUGGAAUAUUUCCACGCGCGCAGCAACGUGCAUUUCCUCUUCAAGGAGCGGGAGCUGGACGGGGUCACCGAGCGGGAGGAUCCUUCGGGGACCUUCGUGCAGCUCCGCCUGGGCCUGGCACAGACCACCUGCCGCAAGCGAGCGCCGCAGCGGCACUGCCGGGUGCUGGAGAACCGGAGGAAGCCGACCUGCCUGGCCUGCUACAAGUUCGACACCAGCGAUGUCCCCAAGGUGCUGGACAAGUACCACAACUGCGGCCCCAGCCACCACCUGGCGGUCAAGGAGAUCCGGCAGCGGGACGAGGCCGAGUGCCGGGCGGUGGAGGAGGCGGGGAGAGGGGGGGACACGCCGUACCUGCCCGGAAUGUUCGCCUUCUCCCGGGGGCUGCCGGCCUAGGCACCACGGCACCGACGGACGCUGCCACGGCGGUCCCGGCCUGUCCCGCUUGUCACCCCCAGCCCCGUGUGAGCACGGGGGGUCCCGGACGUGUCCCCCGCUCCCGCCUGUCCCCCCUGCCCAGUAAACCAGCGCUGGCCCCGCU